AUGGAAAGUUAUAAAAUUUAUGAAAAACACACUGAACGUACAUCAACAAGUAUUGAGCGACCCAAGCAAAUUCCAUUGUUCUUGCUUGAGGUAUCAGAAGGUUCUAAUGAUCCGAACCCAGAUAAAAUUCGUGGAGAUAGAAGAAAAUUAAUGAAUGAGGGCGUUUUUGCUCUUAAUAAGUUCGUGUUAAGUACCGAGUUACCAAAAUGGUGUUUUCCUGGCUCAAAGAUUUGGUAA